CUCACUUCCGGCCUGUGGCUCUCUUCUUCCGCUUCUCUAUGGUCGCGAGCCGGAAGUGGCUGCCUGGCUGGAAGGCGUGAGGAGCGUUCUGCCUUCUGACCUGGAAGCACAAUGUCAUCAGAAUCCAGCAAAAAACGGAAACCCAAAGUGAUCCGAAGUGAUGGAGCUCCAACUGAAGGGAAACGGAACCGAUCUGACACGGAGCAGGAAGGCAAAUAUUACAGCGAGGAGGCGGAGGUUGACCUGCGGGACCCUGGCAGGGACUAUGAGUUGUACAAGUACACUUGCCAGGAGCUGCAAAGGCUGAUGGCCGAGAUCCAGGACCUGAAGAGCAAGGGCAGCAAGGAUGUGGCCAUUGAAAUUGAAGAACGAAGGAUCCAGAGCUGUGUACAUUUCAUGACUCUAAAGAAGCUUAAUCGAUUAGCCCACAUCAGGUUAAAGAAAGGGAGAGAUCAAACCCAUGAGGCCAAGCAGAAAGUUGACGCCUACCACCUCCAGCUGCAGAACCUGCUCUACGAAGUGAUGCACCUGCAGAAGGAGAUCACCAAAUGUCUGGAGUUCAAGUCAAAGCACGAAGAAAUUGAUCUGGUCAGUUUAGAGGAAUUUUAUUCAGAGGCUCCACCAAACAUCAGCAAGGCCGAGAUCACCAUGGGAGACCCUCACCAACAGACGUUGGCACGUUUGGACUGGGAGCUGGAGCAGCGGAAAAGGCUGGCAGAGAAGUACCGAGAAUGUCUGUCCAACAAGGAGAAGAUCCUGAAGGAGAUUGAGGUGAAGAAGGAGUAUCUGAGCAGCCUCCAGCCUCGCCUCAACAGCAUCAUGCAGGCUUCCCUGCCAGUGCAAGAAUACCUGUUCAUGCCGUUUGACCAGGCACACAAGCAGUACGAGACUGCCAGGCACCUGCCCCCUCCGCUCUAUGUGCUGUUUGUGCAGGCCACCGCGUACGGCCAGGCCUGUGCUCAUAUGAAAUCCUCCUCCCAGCCCCCUAGACAGGAUAAGACGCUGUCUGUGGCAAUUGAAGGCAGUGUGGACGAAGCUAAAGCUCUUUUCAAACCCCCUGAGGACUCCCAAGAUGAUGAGAGCGACUCAGAUGCUGAAGAGGAGCAGACCACGAAGCGGCGUCGGCCCACUCUCGGGGUUCAGUUGGAUGACAAGCGCAAGGAGAUGCUGAAAAGGCACCCACUGUCUGUCCUGCUGGAUCUGAAGUGCAAAGACAGCAGUGUGCUUCAUCUGACAUUCAGCUAUCUCAUGAACCUCAACAUCAUGACAGUGAAAGCCAAAGUGACGACCGCCAUGGAGCUGACCACCCCCAUCAGUGCAGGAGACUUACUGUCUCCUGACUCCAUCUUGAGCUGCUUGUAUCCGGGAGAUCAUGGGAAAAAAACUCCAAAUCCAGCCAAUCAGUAUCAGUUUGAUAAAGUUGGCAUCCUGACUUUGAGAGACUAUGUACUUGAGUUAGGUCACCCCUACUUGUGGGUACAGAAGCUGGGUGGCCUCCACUUCCCCAAAGAGCAGCCCCAGCACACAGUGAUGGCCGACCACUCACAGAGCGCCAGCCACAUGGAGACCACCAUGAAACUGCUGAAGACCAGGGUACAGUCCCGCCUGGCUCUCCACAAACAGUUCGCAUCUCUGGAACACGGCAUCGUGCCAGUCACCAGCGACUGCCAGCACCUCUUCCCUGCCAAGGUUGUUUCUCGCUUGGUAAAGUGGGUGAUAAUUGCCCAUGAAGAUUACAUGGAGCUGCACUUCACUAAGGACAUCGUAGAAGCAGGACUGGCUGCAGACACCAAUCUCUACUACCUGGCACUUAUUGAAAGGGGGACAGCCUCCAGCGCACUGGGAUUGUACACAUGAGCCGCAAUGCCUGGUUCAGCUUCAGUAUUGAAGGCUAAAAGUCCCAGUGCCCUGAUGACUGUCUGGUGACACUGCAGAGAUGUGGCGAAGAAGGCCCAGGUGAAAAGGAAGCCAGAGGGAGUUCCAGGAAGACUGUUCUCGAACAGCGCUCUGGACACUGAGCAGAGUCUCCAGAGAAGUCCCUUAAUCCUUUCCGAAGGCAAUUCCCUCUCAUCCAAAACCCAGCUGCAUCUCACUAGAGCCCGCUUCUACAGGCUAAACGUGGCAGCACCCCAGGGGAACCAACUUCUUGUAUGAAUAUCUUUGAGUAAUGCAUAUGAGCCAAAUCAGAAGUACCAAUCCAAAGACAUCUAGGAGCCAGGGAGAGGGAGGGCUCAGUGGGUUCAGGUGCUUGCUGCACAAGCCUAAUGCCCUGGACUUGAUUCCCAGAGGCCACAACAGCAUGCGGAAUGCAAUGGAGUGCAGCUCUAAUCCCUGCACUCCUCGGGGAAGAAGGGUCAAGGGCUGCCACCAAGGGAAACUUAAUAUAUGCAGAUAGGUUAGUCACUGAUUAUAUUAUGAAUGAAGAGUUGAUGCCAGGCAGUUCUGGUUAAACUCAGUCCUGUACUUUUGCAGCUACUUAGGAUACAGAGCAGAUGUGAUGUGAGAAGGUGGGAGUCAGAGCAGGAGGAGCAGGAGUUCAGGGUCGUCCUUGAUUAUAUACUGAAUUGGAGGCUAACUUGGGCUAUGUGAGACUCUCUCAACAUCAUCAACAACAAAUUCUUUAAAAAAAAAAAAAGAGGGAAGGAAGGAAGGGGCUGGAGAGAUGGCUCUGUGGUUAGGAGCACUGGCUGCUCAUCCUAAGGGCCUGAGGUCAAUCUCAGCACCCACAUGGUGGCUCACGACUGUUUGUAACUUCAGUCCUAGGGAUCCAGUGCCCUCUUCUGCAUCCCAAAGGUACUGCUUACAUGUUGGUGCCAAGAUACAUGGAGGCAAAAACCAAACACA